CUAAAUAUUUUAAAUUUUAAUCCACCUGUUUGCAACAAAUAAAAAAUAAUUUAUUAUUUGUUACUUAAUACUUAUAUUCUUUAAAAUAAUUUUGAAUUGUGAAUUUUUGUUUUAUUAGUUAUUUGAAUAUAAAGUAUCGUAAUAAAAUUACCUAAAUUAUGUCGCAAAUACUUAAACAUCAAGUCAUGAAGUUUAAUUUAUGUUUAAGUUUUAUUAGUCUACAUAUUUAGUGUAAACAGUAUAUGUUAUUAAGUUUAAGAAUUUAUUGAUGGUUCAUGAAGUUUUUAUAGUGAAUUUAAAAUGACUUCUAAUGAGCCACUACUCGUACAAGCUGUAUAUUCGUUUAAAGGAAAAAAUAAUGACGAGCUCUGUUUGAAAAAAGGUGAUAUUGUAAUUGUCACUCAAAAAGAAGAUGGUGGCUGGUGGGAAGGAACUCUUAAAGAAAAAACUGGUUGGUUUCCAUCAAAUUAUGUUAGAGAAUAUAAACCACAAGUGGAAAAUACUACAAACAAUAAAGUGCCAAAUAUACCGAUUGAUUUAACAGAGCAGUUAAGAGCUAACCGAGCUGUAGUAGUCAUGGAUAUUGUGGAAUCUGAAAGAGCACAUGUCACUGAAUUGAAGACACUUAUCCAGAGUUUUUUGAUUCCUUUAAAAAACUCAAAUAUAAUGACUAUUGAAGAAUAUAACCAAUUAGUAAAUAAUAUUGAAGAAGUUUCGAAAACUCAUGAAGAACUUCUGAAAUCAUUAGAACAAGUCUCUGGAUUACCGCAGUCUGAUCAAAGAAUUGGUAAACUGUUUCUAAACAAAGCAUCUUUUAUACGGACUGUACAUUUGCAAUACUGCGCUUCUCAUCCCAGAGCAGUUAAUAUCAUUGAUAAAUACAAAGAUGAAUUAAAUCAAAUAAUGGAAACACAGGGUGCAGUUAGUCCUGGAAUUUUAGUGCUGACUGUGUCAUUAAGCAAACCAUUUCGAAGAUUAGACAAGUAUAGUGGGAUGCUCCAAGAACUGGAAAGACAUCUUGAAGAAAGUCAUGUUGAUAGAGGAGAUACUCAGCGAUCCAUAAGCAUUUAUAAAGAAAUUGCGAGUGUAUGCUUAUCAACAAGAAAACAAAAAGAAUUGGAAUUAUCUAUAUUAAGUGGAGUUGUACAAGGAUGGGAAGGCACUGAUGCAUUAAGUUUAGGUGAUGCAAUUAAAAUUGGUUCUGUUGCAUUUGGCUCUGAGCAUAAAGAUAGAUAUUUAAUGUUAUUUUCUACUCAUCUGGUUAUUUUAUCAGUAUCCCAAAGACUAAGUUCGUUUAUAUAUGAAGGUAAAUUACCAUUAAGUGGAAUUUAUGUCAAAAAAUUAGAUAAUAAUGGUGCCAUAAAAAAUGCUUUUGAAAUAUCUGGUCCUUUAAUUGAUCGCAUUGUUGCUGUUUGUCAGUCCAAAGAAGAGCAAAUUGAUUGGAUACAAAAAAUUAACAAGCAAUUAGGAAAUAAGUGUGCCACUAAUACUACAUCUAGUAAAUCAAUCGAAAAAAGUAAUAGAUUUGCUUGGGAUGUGACAAGACUUAGACCCAUUCCACCACUUCAAUUUUAUCAUAACAUCAAUGAAAAAAAUAUCUGUGUAACUAAAAGAUCUGAAAGAACAUUUGAAGAUGAUGGGAAAGUCUUGAGAGUAUUUGAAGCAUUUUGUUCAAAUACAAAAUCACGACAUGCCAGUUCAGGUGAUCAUUCUUUGUUAUUGUUGUAAAUUAUUAAAAAAAUAGUUAAAUAUACCUAAAUAUAAAUAUAUUAUAAUUUCUGCACAAUUAAUGAUUCUGUAAGGCUGUGAAUAACUUUUUUUAGGCAUUAAAUAGUAUUAUGUUAAAUUAUUAUUACUGAUAUUUUAAUAAUAUAAUACUAAACAUCUUUUUCUUGUUUAUUAAAAUGUUGAAAAUUAUUGCUUGGUAAUAAUAUUAUUGUACUUAAUGGAUGAAUCAAUUUGUUUUUAUUUAUUUAUUUAUUAUUAUUAUUAUUACCCUGUACAAAAUUAUAAUCAAAAAAUGUAUUUUGAUGUGAAUAAAUAUUAAAUUCGGAAGUAGUUAGAUAAAAUUUUACUGUUGCAUGUGUUACAUUAAACUAUUGAAAAAAAAAAUGUAAAUUUAUUACAGUAUUGCAUUGCUGGAAUUUAAUUUGAAAAUCUGCCAUUGAAUGUUACUUCCCAGACAUUAGGUAAAUCCAAAAGGACUUAAAUACAAUUAGUUAAUAAAUAUGUUAAAUUAUAGUCUUAUACUAUAUUGUACAUUUUUAUAAAUUGUUUAAAUAAUUAAAUAUAUAUCUGUAUUAUAAUGAAUUUAUUUUAUUUAAUUUAUAAAAUCAUCAUGUUAUAUUUUUAAACAAAAUUAUACAAAUAACAUUUUUAA